AUGCUGCAUAUGUCAACCAGAAAGAUCCAAGCAACUAACCUGUUCUUCUCCUCCUGGGGUUUAGUCUUCUUGACAGUAGGAGUCGUUGUGGAAGAAUGGGUUAACUUGAAGUUGGACACACAAAAAUUUAUAAGUCACAGUCCUUGGAUAUGUUGCACUGCUCUUUGGCCAGAAGAUAAACUGGAAGUGGUCAGGAUCAUGAUGAUUUUGGUUCUCAACCUUUCUUUUCUCCAUAACUUGUUCCUGGGUUUGGAGUUCACCUAUAUGAUUCCUCAGAUGAAAUAUAUCCUCUUCAUUCCUGUCAUCCUCGGUUUCCUGACAGGUAGCCUUCUGUUCUUUGCACUCCUACUGUAUCACCAAAAGCUAAGACAAGGUCAAGCUGUGUACUACUCUAGUUACAAGAUCACCUGGAUCACUUUCAUUGCCUACUUAAAUGUCUUCUGCUUUAUUUCCUCUGGAUUCCUGUCUCUUUUAUCACAAUCCCAUAGUUGUUCCUGUCUGAAUAUCAUCCGUCUCUGUCCCAUAAAACAUCUGGAUGCACAGCCAUCUGAGAUUGCUGUGAAACCUGUGUCCUUACCAGAACGCACUGCAAUGCCUCGUAGUAUUGUCCGUUCUCACUGCAGGGAAGAUUCUCUAAACAAACCACACAGUCAAACCCGUCGUGUAACCUGGGCUUUAUGA